AUAACUCUUGAUCUCUUAUAAAAUCUUUCAUUUCCUUCCAUUAAAUAAUUUAGCCAAUGGGACGCUGCUGAUGGUUUUGCAAAAUAUUGUUCUGCACAUCACGUUUCCUUUGUGGGAAGGAGGGAAAAAAAAUGCCACCUUUACAUGUAGGUGAAAGAUGUCAGGUAUUCAAUCCGGUGGUCGCAGAAUUCCCGACCCAGCUUCGAGAGCUUUGCAGAUAUAAAACCCUGCCGCUUCUUCUCUUCAGCCCUGCCAAAGUGCACAUUACUGUUCACAAUAUGGCUGAACAAAGGGUAGAGAAGAAUUUGCAUAUGGAAGCAUUGGAAUCUAAUCACCGAGAGCAAUGGGUGCGGGAGCAAGAACUUUUAAAGAAAAGACUAGUAUUGGAAGAUGACUUCUCAUGGAAAAUAUUACCUUCACUUUCUAUCGACGGAGAAAGUGCAAGGGAGAACAGAUUGCAUUACAUUGGAGGGGUUGAUCUGAGUUUCUCUAAGGAUGACCCAUCUAUUGCAUGUGGUGCAUUUGUGGUGGUGGAUCUAGACACUUUAUCUGUUGUUUAUGAAGAUUUUGAUGUUGUUCGUUUAACCAUGCCUUACAUUCCUGGAUUUCUUGCAUUCAGAGAGUGUCCAGUUCUCUUAGGACUUCUGAUGAAAAUGAGGCGAGAAUCACAUCCCUUUUACCCUCAGUUGCUAAUGGUUGAUGGGAAUGGAAUUCUUCAUCCUAGAGGGUUUGGUCUGGCAUGUCAUCUUGCUGUGCUAAGCGAUCUUCCAUGUAUUGGCAUUGGGAAAAAUUUGCACCACAUCGAUGGAUUGACUCAGAUGAGAGUAAAGAAACAUUUUGCAAGAAAUACACAAAGUGACGGAGAUUUGAUGCCUUUGAUUGGAAAGUCUGGUCGUACUUGGGGAGCUGCAUUCAGAUCUAAUGAGAAGUCUUCAAAACCAAUCUUCAUUUCAAUAGGCCAUCGCAUAUCUCUUGAAACGGCCAUUGCUGUUGUGAGAAUGUGUUGCAAAUAUCGUGUUCCAGAGCCUAUUCGGCAGGCAGAUAUACGAUCAAAGGAGCACAUGCAAAAAAAGCUUGCCAAUGGCCAUUAAAUUAAAUCAUUCUUUUGUAGAUGUUCAGGGGAGGUCCUUUAUCUUUAUAAAAUCCUAUAAAUUUAUGGAUCUACCAUUCGAUAGCAUGUAAACUAUUUGUUAGUUCAGAGACUUAUCAAUCUGCUUGUUGAUGAUUGUUGAUGAUUGUUUUAUUGAUGAUUGUAGUUAAAACAAUCAAAGGAACUAUCAUGUAAGUUAGCUUGUAUUGAUAUUCUUACUAAUUCUUUGAACAAGUAAAACUUCAACUUUUCUACCAUGAAGCGCAGGACAAAAACCUUACAUAUUUUGAAAAACGUUAGUAAAUAGAAAAAAAAUGGAAGAGUAAGUCUUUCAAGGUUUUAUUUAUUUUA